AUGGGACAGGGUUUGAACAGGAACGCCAAGGAGCACGGUCCCACGCCAGCUGCUCUGCGCCAGAGACCUGUACCCCCUGAAGGCUAUGCUAGGGAAAAACUUCACUGGCCUAAGACAGACCUUUCUAAGAAAUCAAUCCUGAGUCCAGAGGAAUAUAAACUGAACAUUAAUAAUGAAAACAGCUUUCAGCACCCACCUUCUGGGAUCCUUAAGGACAUUUUCACCACAGGAACUAGUAGCUACAAUGUCCUGCUGCAGAGCAAAGAGGAGAAGAGACACCACACUCAAAAGCAGUCGUCCGCUCACCACAGGAAACACAGAAAAACGACCAAGGGUUUGACCACCUCGCGGAGCAACGAGCACCGAAAAAUCAAAGCCCCUCUCCCCUUGCCUGCUGCGGGAUGGUUCUGCACAACCAGCCAGCCCUCCAUCAUCGUCACCGGCCCGCUGCCCACCAGCGUGAAGUUUACAAACAGUGUUUCGGUUGCGAGGAGUGGGGUGGGACUCCCGUCACGACCCAGAAGCAGAACCAAGAAACACAUUAAUCAAACAAAGCCAAAGCAAUCCCAGUCCUCAAAAAGCAGUGGGAAAGAAGGCGAUGCCUCUGGCCAGAAACUCUGUUUGCUGACUGCAAUCAAGCCUUCCAAUGUGGAGAAGGAGAAGAUGAAAUUCUUCAAGUCAGAUUUCACGUAUAAUCCUCAAUUUGAGUACGCAAACCCUGCUCUUCCAAAUGUGUUGGCUAAGCACAGCCAUGCAUCCGACAGAUUUCUUAAGCAGUCCAUUAACAUUAUGGAGCGGACGCUGCAGAAAUACGGAAGCUAUGAAAAAUUUGAACAGGCCACUGGAGGCAGCUUGCUGACCAAAAGUCGCAUCUGGAAUCACGUCAGGAAAUACAUGGUGAAAGAAGGCUGCCUGGGUGAGAUUGUGGUCCAUCUCACGGAGGACCUGCUAUCUCGAGCCUCAAUGACAGUGGUGAACGGCCGCCCCACUCUCACUAUCAAUAUCUCCACUGCACGAGAGCACUGGCUGGAAGGGAUGCUGAGACAUGAAAUUGGAACUCAUUAUUUUCGGGGUUUUAACAACAACAGCCAGCCUUGGUGCAACUGGAACGGACGUAGAAAACAUGGGUUAAAACCAAUCAACCCUACUGAAGAGGGGCUGGCGAGCAUCCACAGUGUCCUCUUCCGCAAAGACCCUUUUCUUUGGAGAGCUGCCCUGCUCUACUACACGGUGUAUCAGGCCAGCCAGAUGUCCUUCAGUCAGCUUUUCCAGGAUGUGGGGAGAUUUGUCAAGGACCCCAACACCAGGUGGGAUUACUGCGUACGAGCCAAGAGAGGGUGGACCGACACGUCAAAACCAGGCUGUUUCAAUAAGGAUCAGGUGUACCUCGAUGGCAUCCUCCGAAUCCUGAGAUAUAGGGAGUCCAUUGAUUUCCAUCUUCUGACAGCCCUUGGAAAGAUCUCGUAUGAAGACGUGGAUCGCCUGAAAGGAUUAGCUGUGAUUGAAAACAUGAGGGUACCACACUUUCUGCAAGACCAUGCCCGGUAUAUGGAGCACUUGGAAAAGAUCAUGGAAGUCAAUGAGCUGACUGAUGAGGAGCUCCAGGAUCUCAUAAAUUAACAGUAUUAGCCCACUGUGCACUUACUCUGUGGGGAUGUAGAACUGGACUUCCCAGAGCUUGCAAACAUGGAUUUAGGAGGGGCAGGAGGGAAGGGUGGCCAGAAUA